CAAUGACGGUCUCGGAACAGUGGGUUAACUGCCUUCAGGGGCAGAACGACAGAUUUGUACCUUGUCAGCUCGGGGAUUUGAACUUGCAACCUUCCAGUUACUAGUCCAACGCUCUAACCACUAGGCCUAAUGCUAUUAGAAAUCUAAUUUAAAGCCUAAAAGAUGAGUGAGCCAACCUGAGACGCAGUCUGGUGAGCCACCUGUGAUGUGAAAUAAGAAACCUGCAUAUUGUCACAGAUAUGUGUAAUGGGGAGGAUAAAAAACCCAGUAAACAAAAUAAUGGUGAAAAUACGUAAAUUUUCUGACGUCGAAGUUAGGUUAAUUUUAGGUUAUGAAUGAAAGUUCAAAAUACAUAUUUUCCGGACUGGACGAAAUCUGAACCAAAUAUGGACAUCUGUGAUUGGUUCGGACCGGAUCAAAAAUCAACAAUCGGUGGCUGGUCCAAACCACACCAAAAAAAUACCAAACAAAGAAGGCCGGUCUGGACAGGACCCCCAAAAAAUAUGUACAAAAGAAGUCGGUCCAUGCUUAGUGGGAACUGAGUAAGUGGAUAAGCUUGUAGGCAACAGUCACUUUUCAAGACCACUCCACAAUCUCAUCGAUAACGUUUUUUUGUUGUAUUAUAUAACAGAGAUUACGUUCCAAGAAAUAUAGAUUAUUCUUUUUUGUACGCUAAAGAAAUAGCAUGGUGGCGUCCAGCUACCUACUCUCAAGGUAGCUGGUCACGGGACAGUGAAUAGACUCACUAAGAUGUAGCCAAAAUGAAUGAUGAGAUGCUUUAACAAUAAGGGUACCUAUUCAAUUUAAGGAGUUCUUAUUCAUUACACGUUUUGCGCCAUAGAUAUGGAUAUUUUUUUCAGAAGAAAGAGGGCAUUGAAAACUCUCCUCAGCUUGUCUCUAGUUUUUGCGUCUUUAUUGAUGAUCCAAAAGUUCAAGCUUGUGGAUAACAGCAUCAAGGAUGAUAUGGAGGUUAAACGCCAGGAAGAAGCCGGUUGGUGUGGACCUGAGUGUGAUUUCUACAAAGGAAAAGGCCUAUUGAAAAGAAGUUUAGGAAACUACUCGCCUGUUCUUGGUGAUUUGGAUGCGCCACGGGUGAAGGUGUCCAACGCUACUCUAGCUACUUGGGAUGUACACGUUAUGAACUGCAGUGAAGAUUCAGCCGUGAGAAAAAAUGAUUGGUUUCGACGUUUGGAUCCGAGGUUCCACCAAUUUGUGCUACACAGACAUUGUCGGUAUUUCCCAAUGUUAAUAAAUCACCCGGAUAAAUGCAGGAAUGGAGACGUACACUUGCUCAUGGUUGUAAAAUCCGUUAUAGAGCAGCAUGAUAGGCGAGAGGCCGUGCGUAAUACCUGGGGUAGGGAACAGGACAUUGAUGGUAAGAGAAUAAAAACGCUGUUUCUUCUAGGAAGCCCUACAAAUCGUAAAGACACGACAAACCUUCAAAAGUUGAUUGAGUAUGAGGACAUUAUAUAUGGAGACAUUCUUCAAUGGGAUUUUAUGGACACAUUUUUCAACCUCACCUUGAAAGAGGUAAAUUUUCUGAAAUGGUUUGAUAUUCACUGCUCCAGUGCCAAGUUUAUAUUCAAAGGGGAUGAUGACGUUUUCGUGAAUACAAAGAACUUACUGGAACUUAUUGGUUUCAAGACUGAGGACCGCAAAGUGCUGAACUUAUUUGUUGGGGACACCAUAUCCAAAGCCAUCCCCAUCAGAAACCAUCAAAGCAAAUACUACAUCCCCAAAGAGCUGUUUGACAAACCGUACCCACCUUAUGUUGGUGGUGGUGGGUUUUUAAUGUCCUCACAAUUAGCUCAUAGACUGUUUGUGGUUUCAGAGGACUUGGAGCUCUAUCCCAUUGAUGAUGUGUUUUUGGGAAUGUGCCUCCAGAAGCUACACUUGACUCCAGAGAUGCACAUAGGUUUCAGGACCUUUGGUAUCAUGAAACGCAGAGUGAGUCCAAUGAACAGAGAACCUUGCUUUUUCAAAAACCUCAUCGUCGUCCAUAAAUUGAGUCCUCAGGAGCUAUUCAGGAUGUGGAGUGUAGUGGAAAAUAAGGAGCUGGUUUGUGCCAAAAACACUGCACCAUGAUUGUCAAGCUAAAGCUCAGUGUGACAAAGGUUAUGCAACAAAUAUUGUUAAAUUGUUAAUUGUAAUGUGUAUGUAGGCUUAGUAGGACACAAUAUCCAACACUAAAAUAUCCAACUAACAAAGACAAUGUGAAAAGAAUGACAUUCUUUCAUUCUCACUGACCUGUUUAAUGUUUCACUUUUGUAAUGUUUAUUGUAAUGUCAAUAGGUAGGAAAACCAAAUUAGUAAGUGUACAUGACUUAUGUUUAUCCAAAAUUAACCACUUGUCCAGCAAACUGUAAAUAUAUGGCAGCAUUGAACACUGAAAAGCCUUUUUCAUGCCAGUUUAGUGCCUUUGAUUUUUGAGAUUAUGGAUGUUUUAGUAACUAAAAAGUUACAUGAAAAUAUAAUUUGGUAAAUGUUUGCCAUAGAUUCCAGAACAAAUAUUUAAUGACAUUUUAAGAGUCACAACUAGUUUUUGUGUUGAUGUUUG